UUAUCUAUACUUAGUGACUCAAUUCUUGGUAUCAAGCAGUAUUUUCAGUUUCGAUCGGGGGUUACACGAUCUUUUGCUGAAGUUUUAUUGGGAAGUAAGAUUUUAGUGUUUUUCGAUCUUUUGCGGAGGUUCUACAUUUAUCUGAGAGACAAUGGAUGGAAAACUCAACUUGAAACACAAAACUUCGAUAAUUAGAUUUAUUGGCAGUGGUGCUAAAGAUUUUCAUCUAUUGUAUAGCUUCACUCGUGACGGGGCUAAUGCUACAACUUUUCAUCAAAAGUGUGACAACAAAGGCCCAACUGUUACUGUCGUUUACAACACGAAGGAUUCUAUAUUUGGGGGAUACGUUGAGAAAAGUUGGACCUCGGACAGCACUGGAGCCUACGUAAAAAGUGAUAGGGCAUUUUUGUUCCGCUUAGAGUCAAAUGGCAAAGUUGCUUUGAAUAAGUUCCCUGUAAAUGCAUCAGAUCAGGCUUUUUACUGCAUUGACACUCAUGGCCCAGUAUUUGGAUCAGGGCAUGAUUUAGAUGUAUUCAGCGACACCCUUACCGCUCAAGGAAAUCAGUUCAGUCUAAACGGAGUCAUGAAAAUGGGAACCACCUAUGACAUGGGUGGAGUUGCAGUCGACAAAGUAACGGAUAAUGUCAACACUGUAUUUGACGUUGAAGUGUAUAGCUUAUCAGAGUCACCAUUAGUAAGUGUUUGGAGAGCAUCGACUGGGUGGGAAUCGGAGGAUUUGAUGUUACUGAAGAGAUAUGCGGAAUCAUAUACGCCUCUACAUGGCCUUGACAUUGAAACGGCUAACAUAUUAGUGAUAGGGCCAGUGGGCGCUGGUAAAUCAAGCUUCUUCAAUACUGUAGCGUCUGUAUUCCGUGGCCAUAUCUCAGACCAAGCUGUUUGUGGAAGUGCAGAGAAAAGUAUUACGUCAAAGUAUCGAAUGUAUCGUGUCAGAGGUUCUCAAAAGCAAAAGCCACUGAAAUUUUGCCUCUGCGACACAAUGGGUUUGGAGGAAAGCCAUGGAAUAGAUGCUCAAGAGCUGGGAUACUUAUUGGAUGGUCACGUUCCAGAUGGAUAUCAGUUUAAUCCAACGACACCAGUAUCUAAUGAAAUCCAUGGUUUUGUCAAGUUUCCAACACUUGGACAGAAAAUUCAUUGUGUUUGUUUUGUGUUUGAUGGAAUCACAGUAACCAUUUUGUCAGAGAAAUUGCUUGAGAAAGUUAAAAGCAUGCAGGCAAAAGUUAGGCAGAAAGGGCUUCCCCAGGCUAUUGUACUUACAAAGAUUGACAACGUUUGUUCCUAUGUCGAAGAAGAUAUAACAAAGGUCUACCAGAGUGAAACCAUAAAAAAACUGGUCGACAAAGUAUCUAACAUCUUUGGCGUUCCUCGAAGUUUCAUUCUUCCACUGAAAAAUUACGAAAAAGAGAUAGAGGUGGACACACACGUGAGCAUUUUAGCAAUGCAUACACUGAAAAGGCUUCUAUUGUCUACAGAGAAUCAUUUCUUUAACUUCCUAGAUACACUCAAUGUCAAGCAGCAAGAAGUUAAAGGCCGACAUGGCAAUUGAUAUAAACCUUUUACUGUAACAAUUGAUUUGUUACGACCGAGCAAAUUGUUGAAAAUUACAUUCAUGUGCUGGAUUGUGACCAUCCACUGGAAAAACUCAAACAUUUUUUAGUAAAGCUUACAAACAAAAAAUUACAAAAAUAUGAGAAACUGUAGUCUACGAUCUGUUUUAACUAUUAUCUGUUCUUGACUGAUUUGAAUGUAGCGAUAAAUGGGACCAGACGGCCUGAAAAACCCGUGCAUGCGUGCUCUAUACGGAAAAACACUUAAGUACAUACAAAAUUAUGCAAAACUAUAUACUAUGGUUUAGGUGAAUUUUAACGAGUAAGAUGAAACGUUUUAGAAUAGAAAAUGACUAACCUUUCCAUGCUGUUGAUAUUAUAAAACAUAU